AGAUCCAGAAGAAGGAGACGCCCGUGUGGUACGUGGAACCUUGCGCAGGCGAGGGCGAGUAUCACGUGAGGCGGCUGCGCAGCGACGAGGAGUGGGCGGACGGCAAGCACCCCCUGCCCUGGCCGAGGCUCGAGUCGCUGUACGAGGUCCUGAAGGAUAGGGACCUCACUGAGAUGCCGCCAGAGCUCCGUAGCUGGAUGGACUCGGUCAGGCAAUUGAAUGAGCAGAGCGACGAUUUUGUCGUCAAGGGCCUGCACGCCGAUUCCAAGGGGGACGGCCUCCAGUGGUUGCCGAGCACCCUGCACGUCGCGAUGAACUAUCUCCGGGAGCAGGAUCCUGUCUCCGUGUUUGAGGACAACCCGGUGAGUUACACGUCCCUUGUCAAUUAUGUGCGCAAUUUUAGCCCCAGGUUCAAGGCACACACCGAGGUGGUCCAUCUCAACGGUUUCAAGUCGCUGGAGAAACGCUUCUUCUACAAGAAGAGGACAUGGGUAUCCGAGGCGCACGGGCGUUUCGAUCAGCAGCGAGGAGUUAUCAUGAUAGACCCCGACUGGCGGAAGGGCUGCUCGGCCUACCUGGCGGAGCGGGCCAUGGUCAAAGCCGACCUCCACUGGCAGUCCGCCACGGUCCUGCUGACGUAUCCGCUUUCCCCAAAGAUUGAGCACAAGGCCCGGACGUUCAACAAGAAGAUCCGCGCACAGAAACCCGACCUGGAUUUGCUGACCGCAGAGCUGUACAUCAACAACCCGAAAUGGUCGCCCUACCUGGACGAAGAGACGGCGAAGCACACCAGCAGGUGGUUUGGCACCGGGGUCCUCAUCGCGAAGCCGCCGUACACCACCGCGGAGCGGAUCCGGGCGGCGCUGUCGGCGAUGUGCCAGGAAUUGUCCAAGAUGCCUGGGGCAUCCGAGAUGCGCGUCACGGUGGAGAAGUUGGUGUGAGCAUGGCGAACCCCCAUUCUUGUAGAUGCUAAAGUAUUGCUAGGACAGGCUGUGGGAGUUAUCCUACUCCUCCUUCUCACGCUUCCUUAUCACGUCGUUAUCGUCGUCGCCUCUCUCCUCGUCCCCGUCUUCUCGUGCUCGAGUUCUUGUCGUUUCCAGAGCCGCCCUCAAGCCACCGUCUACCCGUGGCAGAUUUCAUGAGGGACGCCUGAUCCCAAAUCCGCUAUGCUUGGUAGCAGGAGGAAGACGAAUUUCGGACCAGGUGCGCCGCAAAUUUGAUUUCAGUGUAGGCGCGGUGCGAGGACCAGACUUGAGAAGAAUAGUGCUCGUACAAACUGCAUCGCGCAAGUCAGUAUUCGAAGCGCUCCUGUCUGGCCUGCCUAGGUGGCGCUUGCUUGGCCACCGUCGUGGCCCUUCAUACUCUUGCCCACCCAUCUGCUCUUCACAGACACGAUUG